CUUUCAGGACGUAUUGUUAACUAAUAUGGCGCUUCCUAUAACAAUCUAGCAGUUAUAAGUCAUGAAGAAUAUGCUAAUUGAGUAAAGUGGGAAGUUUGAGGCUGUAAUUCUACGUUAAAGAUAUGGAAACCGUGUCAAACAACUCGGGUUAUUCUGGUUCACAACAACCUCGUUCAUCAUCUUCUUAUCUGUUAUCAUCAACGACAUCAUCAACUUCAACGUUCAUUACACCCAACACACAUGAUUCUUCACCUUCGAUAACUGAUCAAAUCAAUGCAACUGGUACUACCUCCACUUCUGUUACUACAACCACUACUACUACUAUGUCGAACACAUCUACGUCUGGGAAAUCAACUUAUACACUCGGAAAAGAAAUUGAAAUUGCAUUAGGAAGUGGUGUAUCCGAAGAAGAUAAAAAAUUAGCUAAAAAUGACAAAAAUGCUGUUGAUUUUGUAUUUGAUUAUUGUAAAUUAUGGUGUAAAACAUGUAAGGAUUUAGUGUUAACUUUAGAAAAACGUGCAACUGCUGAGAAUGAAAGUACACGUAUUAUUAUGAAACAAUUUCAAAUAUUAGAAUCAAGUACAACUAAUCAGAAUGGUGCACCAUAUAAAAAACAAACACUCAAUUUAUGUCGAAUGAUGAUUGAACAUUGUAAAGAAAUUGAAGCGAAUAAUUCCAAACGAUGCAGAGAACUUUUAGAGGUAUUAAAUCGUCAACGUACUUUAUUUGAAAAAACCAGGAAAUUUCUUAAAGACAAAUGGAAAGCAGAUGUAAAACGUAUGUUAGAUGCUGAAAAUAGUUUGUUUAAAACAAAAACAACAUAUUAUCAACGUUGUCAAGCUGGUGUAAAAUUACGUGAAGAAUUAGCUACAGCACAAAAUCUUCUAAAUGAAUUAUCUGCUUCUCUUAUGCAAUCAUCGUCAGUUUCAUUUAGUGGUACAUCUACGUCAACAGGAACAACACCAUCAUCAUCAUUUUCAUCUGUUACGAUAAUGCCACCUACACAAACAAAUGUAUCAGGUUUACCUGUUUAUACUGCUGGGAAUUCAUAUUCAUCGAAUCUAAUGAGCUCAACUGCUGGAAGUAAUGCAAAUUUAACACAAGAUUUAUUGAAUGAUUCAAAUAUUGGUGAAUCAAAUCUAUCAAAUCCAACUUCAUCAUUAUCAACUUCUACAUCAAACCAAGUUGCUAAACAAAGAGUAAAAGUUGAACGAUUAGAAAAACAAUUAGGUGAUAAUGACAAAAAGGAAAUUGAACUGAUGUAUGCUUAUCGUGAAGCAGUAGAUAUUGCAAAUCAUCGUUUAUGUGAACUGGAAAAAAGCAAGAUUGAGAUUUUAUGCGAUACACGUUUAACCAUAACAAAAAGUGAUGAAGUUGUUAAAGAUUCUUUAGCGGAAUUAUUAAACCAUUUGUUUACAACUCGUUCAUUAAUGAUAAAACAGUAUGAAAUGAUUGCAAAUGCUUAUCAAGAUUAUGUACCAUGUAGUGAUUAUCGUACAUUAGUUGAAUCACAUAUUCAAAAAGGUACUGAAUUUAUUCCGGAAAAAUAUCAUUUCGAUGGAUUUCAUGAAUCAAAAUUGGAUACAAGUCGUUUAACAAGUAGGUUGGGUAAAGAUUCCGGUGACUCUACUUUAGAUAUAUUUUCUGCACAUCGUAAUCUCCUCUCAUUACAUUCAGACUCUGAUUCUGAUACAGAAACAACAGAUUUGCCAUUAAAUACAACUGGACGAAAUAGUACAAGUCUUAGUGUUAUUACUGGAGGAAGUAGUAGUAGUGGUGGAAUCGGUAAUACUGCUAAUAGUAGUAGUAAUAAUAAUAGUCUCAGCGGUGGUGGAGUUGCAAGUGGUAUAGUGUCAACAAGUAGUAAUGUUUUGUCAACUAUUGUUGAAUUUGGAUCUAAUCUAUUUCGACCAGAUUCUAAAAAAUCAAUACGUAAUAAACGUUCAACAACAAAUAGUCUUAGUAAUUCAUCAGUCCCACCAAUCAAUCCGAUAGAUAAUUUAGAAACAAUAGCUAUUCAUGAAGCUAAUUUAGAAAGAGAAUAUUUAUCUGCAUGUUAUCCAGUAGCCAGAUGUAUUGCAGCGAUUGAAAAACAAGAAAAUGGUCUAGCAACACAUGGAAUUUAUCGUGUACCAGCGUCUAAAGCAAAAGUUUCUAAUCUAAUGGAUUUGUUACAAUCUAAUCAAUUAGUUAGCAGUGAACAAAUUCAAAAUGAUAUCGACUUGUUAAGUCAAGAACAUCCACUUACAUUGGCUAGUCUGGUGAAAACACAACUGAUUGCCUUACCUGAACCAUUACUGACAUACAAUCUUUAUCCGAAUUUUGUUGAACUUGGAAAGGCGUUUGACUUGGUUGAUUCAAAUAUAACUGAUGAACUGAUGAAACGUCUUCAACUAUUGAUUAAUCAUUUAAGUCCUGGUAAUCGUCAAUUAGCUGGAUUAAUUUUCCAUCAUUUACACAGAGUUGCUGAAUGUCAGUCGGAAAAUCAAAUGGGAGCUGUUAAUUUAGGUACAAUGUUUGCUCCAACAGUAUUACGUCAAAGACCUAAAUUUCAAGUAGCUAAUAUGAUGGAAUUCAUGGAUAAUAAAGGUCAGACAAAAGUUGUUGAAUUAUUAAUUGAUCGUGUUUUUCAAGUAUUUGGUUCAUCAGAACAAUAUGAUCCAAUCAAAUUAAUUACAGCGCAUAUUACAUCAAAUGAUGAUAAAACUACCAUAGCUGAUUAUAAUCGAAUGAAUUCAGCACGUGGUAGUAUUUCAUUAGCUAAUUGUGAGCGAUCUAAAUCAACUUGUAGUACAGUUGUAGAUAGUGUCCCUGAUACACCAAUGAAUAUAUCUAGUAAAAUUCAUACAGUUAACACUAUAACAACUAUCACUACUGCUACUACUGUUAGUACUACUACUAGCAAUAAAACCAUUAAUACUGAUAUACCAUCGUCGACAACUUUCACACUUGUUGGUACAACCAACAGCGAUACUACUCGUACUACUAACAGUAAUAAUAAUGAUAAUAUGAUCAAUAUUAUCAAAGAAACUACAACAACACUUCCAUCUUCUGGUUUAUUAAGAUCGGCAACAAUAUCUGUUUCACCGCAAAUUCGACCUACAGGAACCCUGCUUACUGGAGCCUUACCUUUGUAUACUCCAUAUCGACAGAAUCAAGGAUUUAGUAAAGACAAUGCAAAUAUUGAAGAAACUCCUAUUAAUACCAGUUCUGAUAUCACAAUUUCUUCAUUACAUGGAUCUGAUAAACAUGACAAAAUGCAUAAAAGACAUAAUCCUGUAAUAUAUGAAAAAUCAACUAAUAUAAAAUCUAGUAUGAGGCUUCAAGAUUUAGCUAAACCAGUUAUUGAACCAACUAUCACUACAGCAUCUCAAAUAUCUAAUCCACCAACUACUGGAAUAGCCAUUACUACCAGUACUACUACUACUAUUACUAAUGUUAUUACUUCUACUAGUAAUAGUAUCAAUGUGAAUGAAGCUUCACCUUCAUCGUCAUCAUCUAUUGUACGUGGGAUUAAAAAAUUAUAUUCUUCAAGUGGUCAACAUUCGAUUUCUCCAUCUACAAUCGCUUCAUCGAUUACAACAUCAAAGUUGUUUCACUCAUCUGACAAACAAAACGCUCCAAAUACAUCAUCUACUGAUUCUAAUACAAAUACAGCUUUGUCAAGUUUAAUAAUUGGACGUCGUAAACCUAUUGGGCGAUUAUUGGCUUUACAUCAAACUACAGAGGCUUCAGAUAAUGUAUCCCCUGUGAAUCCUACGAAUUUAGAUCAAUAUAGUUUUAUUGAUAAUGAUUUGCCUGAUUCUUUAAAUGAUUCAUGAAUUCAAAGAAAUAAUGAAUUUUUGUUAUCAAUGAUUGAAUCAUAAAUUGUCUUCCAUAUUCAAUGAUAUUAAUGCAUUUCAAUGAAAUAAUCCCUGAAUACACCUAUAUAUAUAUAUAUAUAUAUAUACAUAUAAUCUCAUGAAUUGAUUCUUCAACUCUCGUCUAAAUCAUCGGAAAGAUUACUACUACUGCUACUACUACUACUACUACUACUACUACUACUACUACUACUACUACUACUACUACUACUACUACU